AAAGGAAGACAGAGGAAGCCACGGCCACUGGACCCUGGCGAGGGCUCCAAGGACACAGACAGCUCGGCGGGGCGGCGGGGCAGCACAGGCAGAAGGCAUGGGCGCUGGCGGGGCCGUGUGGAGAGCCCGGGUGUGCCCGUGGCCAAGGUGGUGCGGGCGGUCACCAGCUGGCACAGAGCCAGCCGCCGGGUCCCGCCAGUCCCGCCCCCGGAGCCCCCAGGCCGCCAGAACCUGAGCGGGGCAGCAGCUGGAGAGGCGCUGGUGGGGGCCGCUGGCUUCCCACCACAUGGGGAUACGGGGAGUGUGGAGGGCGCCCCCCAGCCUACGGACAACGGCUUCACCCCCAAGUGUGAGAUCGUGGGCAAGGACGCACUGUCUGCGCUGGCCCGGGCCAGCACCAAGCAGUGCCAGCAGGAGAUUGCCAACGUGGUGUGCUUGCACCAGGCUGGGAGCCUCAUGCCCAAGAUUGUGCCCCGGCACUGCCAGCUGGCAGGCAAGAUGAGUCCUGGCAUCCAGUGGGACGAGAUCCGAGCCCAGCCGCCCGUGGACGGUCCCCCAGUGCGCAUCGCCUACAUGCUGGUGGUGCACGGCCGCGCCGUCCGCCAGCUGAAGCGCCUCCUCAAGGCCGUGUACCAUGCGCGGCACUUCUUUUACAUUCACGUGGACCAGCGCUCUAACUACCUGCACCGUGAAGUGGUGGCGCUGGCCCAGCGGUACGAGAACGUGCGGGUCACGCCCUGGCGCAUGGUCACCAUCUGGGGUGGCGCCAGCCUCCUGAGGAUGUACCUGCGGAGCAUGCGGGACCUGCUGGAGGUGCCUGGCUGGACCUGGGACUUCUUCAUCAACCUCAGUGCCACUGACUACCCAACCAGGACCGAUGAAGAGUUAGUGACAUUCCUAUCCAAAAACCGGGAUAAGAACUUCCUCAAGUCGCACGGCCGGGACAACUCCAGGUUCAUCAAGAAGCAGGGCCUGGACCGUCUCUUCCACGAGUGUGACUCACACAUGUGGCGCCUGGGUGAGCGGCAGAUCCCAGUGGGCAUUGUGGUGGACGGCGGCUCGGACUGGUUCGUGCUGACGCGCAGCUUCGUGGAGUAUGUGGUGUACACAGACGACCCGCUGGUGGCCCAGCUCCGGCAGUUCUACACGUACACACUGCUCCCAGCCGAGUCCUUCUUUCACACAGUGCUGGAGAACAGCCCCGCCUGCGAGAGCCUCGUGGACAACAACCUGCGAGUCACCAACUGGAACCGCAAGCUGGGCUGCAAGUGCCAGUACAAGCACAUCGUGGACUGGUGCGGCUGCUCCCCCAACGACUUCAAGCCCCAGGACUUCCUUCGGCUGCAGCAGCAAGUUUCCAGGCCCACCUUCUUCGCCCGGAAAUUUGAGUCCACUGUGAACCAGGAGGUCCUAGAGAUCUUGGACUUCCACCUGUAUGGCAGCUACCCUCCAGGAACGCCAGCACUCAAGGCCUACUGGGAGAACACCUACGACGCGGCCGACGGCCCAGGCGGGCUCAGCGACGUCCUGCUCACUGCCUACACCGCCUUCGCACGCCUGGGCCUGCGCCACGCCGCCACUGCCGGGCCCCCACUGGGCACGCCGCUCUGCAGGUUUGAGCCCAGGGGUUUGCCGUCCAGCGUGCACCUGUAUUUCUAUGACGACCAUUUCCAGGGCUACCUGGUGACGCAGGCAGUGCAGCCCUCAGCCCAGGGGCCGGCAGAGACGCUUGAGAUGUGGCUGAUGCCCCAGGGGUCGCUGAAGCUGUUGGGGCGCGGUGACCAGGCCAGCCGGCUCCAGAGUGUGAAGGUUGGCACCGAGUGGGACCCCAAAGAGCGACUCUUCCGGAACUUCGGGGGGCUGCUGGGACCACUGGAUGAGCCCGUGGCCAUGCAGCACUGGGCCCGGGGUCCCAACCUCACAGCUACUGUGGUCUGGAUUGACCCAACCUAUGUGGUGGCCACGUCAUAUGACAUCACAGUAGAUGCAGAGACUGAGGUCACCCAGUAUAAGCCCCCGCUGAGCCGGCCCCUGCGGCCAGGAACCUGGACUGUACGGCUGCUGCAGUUCUGGGAGCCUCUGGGUGAGACCCGCUUCCUCGUGCUGCCCUUGACCUUCAACCGCAAACUACCUCUCAGGAAAGAUGAUGCCGGCUGGCUGCACGCGGGCCCGCCGCACAACGAGUACACGGAGCAGAGCUUCCAGGGCCUGAGCGGCAUCCUGAACCUGCCCCAGCCCGAGCCCGCGGAGGAGGCUGCCCGGCGGCACGCAGAGCUCACAGGGCCCGCGCUCGAGGCCUGGACAGACAAGGAACUGAGUGGCUUCUGGUCUGUGGCAGGACUGUGUGCCAUAGGCCCCUCUGCCUGCCCCUCCCUGGAGCCCUGCAGACUGACCAGCUGGAGCUCUCUGUCCCCUGACCCCAAGUCAGAGCUGGGGCCUGUCAAAGCGGAUGGGCGACUCAGGUAGCAGGGCCCCAGCCGGCACGCCCGGAGGACCGGGCAUUGCACCUUAUGGACAGACAGUGAAGCGUGUCCCUCCCGCAGGUGAGGCAGGAGGCCCAGACAGUCACCCAUUCCAGCCAUCAAGAGCCUGUGGACGCAGCAGGCAGCUCUGCUAGGGACCAGAGGGGCGGGAUCGGAAAAGGGCUCCGGCAUCCCUGGCAUCCCCUCCCAGGCCUGCCUCUCCCAUCUCGUUUGUAUUUUUUUAAUAUAAAAAGGGUGGUGGGGGAGGAACUGGAAACAAAAGAUGUGCAAUAGGGCUGGGAACAGCCCCAGGAAGUGGGCCAUGUCAUGUCGAGCCCUCUGCCACUGCCCUGGGACACACUGGGGCUGCCUUGUUCUCCCCGGCCUCCUCCCCAUCCUGGACCUUGGUACUCAUGGCUGUGGCUGAGGCCAGCAGAGCAGGUGACAUGGGGGCCGCUGUGGACCUGGGCUCUCCGGGACAGCCUCUCCUCUGAUAGCCAGGGGAGCCUACAGCAGGGGAGGGGCUGGCUGUGGGGCGUCCCAGCACACCCUGCCCCACAAUGGCGCAGUAGGGCAUUGGGACCUGCUGCGCCCAGCACAGGGUGCCAGGUGCUCCGGGUGCGCGCUGCAAGGGCGACCUCAGUAGCGGCCUGGGUGAGGACCGUCACCCUGAGGUCAGGGUGCUCAGAAGAACCCGGAGCUGCAUUGUGCCUGAAGCUCAGUGUGAAGUCUGAAAUAUGCAACAGAAGAAAUAUAUCUCUAUCGCUCUACACCCA